ACAUUCAGACCAGGAAAUACCUAUUGCUGUAAUAAAAUGGAGAGGAGUGAACAUUCAUUAGAAGACAUACUGGCUCCCAUCAACACUAAUGACAAAUUAGUUUUAGUGGAUACAUAUAAUUAUAAGCAUCAGAGUUUUCCUGAACUGAUAAAACGAUUGGAAAAGUUGAAUAGUCUGGUACUGAACAGUAACCCAGACCCUGACUGGAUACCAAGCUUUAUCAAGUGUGUGAUCUCAUGUUAUUUACAGUGUACAGAAUCUAUAAAAUUGUCAAGGUCUGUCUUCAAGCUUGCUCAAAAAUGGUAUGAUUCCCAUUCAAAGAUUAUAGAGAAAGAGUUUGAUGGUUUCUUUUUCUGUUUAAUGCAAGAAGGUGACAAUGUCAAAAAACAGCUUAUGACAGUAUCCAACCUUCUCGAGAAUAAUGACUAUGGAAGAAUUUUUUUUGAGAAACAUCACACAGAAGUCAUAACAUGGUUAGAUAAAAGGCUGAAAAGGAUACUUAAAACCAUCCCAUUAUCUGUCAAGGAGACAGAGGAGAUUUAUAUAUACUCAAGGAUAGUAUUACAGAUGUAUCAGUUUUGUUCUUCCACCUUUGCUGUACCAGUAUUUGAUGACAGAGCUAAUGAAAAAUCAGUGCAGUGUAUACAACUUUUUCAACAUCUUAUCCAGGUUUUAGCAGAAGAGAAAUAUGCUGCAGAUUGUCAAUUUAUAUGUGGAACAGCUGUGAGCCUCUUAUUGGAGAAACAUGAUGAUGCAGACACUGGUAGAACUAUAUUCUGGAAUAUAUACAGGAAGAUUGGAUUAGGAGAGGACCUCAUCAUAGAUGUGUUCUCUAUAAACAAGAGCCAAUCUGAGGAAGACAUUCCCAACAAACCUACAACUGGACAUAUAGGAAUAAUUAAAGGAAUGUUAUCAUGUGGAAACAAAAUUUUACAAAAUGGAGCUUUUGUUCUAAAAUGCUUUCAUAAAAUUAUUAAUUUCUGUAGAGGACCUUUAUCAUUUCACUACCAUGCUUUCAAUUCACUGGAACAGUUGCUUAGCCAGGUUUUACAGAUAGUUACUGUAAUAAAAGUGUUGUCUGCUGAUGCAGAAUUAAUGUCUGCUAUUCCAAAAAUAGUUUCAGAAACCAUAGAUAUCGUGUGGCUAAAUUGGGAUAGCCCUGUACAAGAUGUACCUCAAAUAGUCAUUAGAAUCUUCUCUGGGAUGUUACAAAUAUGGCAACAUGGUUAUAAACAUUGUGGUUGUCAUGACAUUAUACCUGAUUUGUUGUCAAGGUUACGUAAUAUGUCUUGGUAUGUCAAAAGUCAAUACAGAAUCAUCAGUGUGCUACUGUCUUUUAUGGAUAGUCAGCUGAUUUUAGAUAGUGAUAUUAGAAACAGACUUUUAUUGUGCAUGUCAUCAAAUUAUCUGGCUCCAAGUGGUGCUGACGUUUAUAAAGCAUUUCUUAUAAAGAUGAGAUCACAAGGAGAAUUUGAAGAAGUUUGGACAAGUCAAUGGAAGAGAACAAUUAUUGAAGGAUUGACUAGUGAUAACAGGUUACAGAGGGGUAAUGUAGGUCAUUAUUGGAUAUCGUCAACAUUGAAAAUUAUACCUGAAGUUAAAGACAGUCUGACUGGAACUCUCACUGAAAUGUUGGAGAAAGAUUCUAUACCACGACACCUUGUACUCCAUGCUUGGGUCACUGUGGCUCAAGUUGUCAGAUUAUAUACUGGAGACUUUCCAAUGGAUACUGGUUUAUUACAUGAGUCUAUAUACAGUAAUGAUGAUGAUAUCAGAUCAGAAGCAUUCAGUGUUCUCUGUUCCUCACUAAAGAAAGCUGAUAGAAUGAAGGAAGAAGAAAUCAAGUUACUAAAAGAAACCAUUCCAUACAAUUUAAAGAUAGACUCUGCACCAUUCAGGCACCAGUUGUCAUCUAACUUGAAAAAACUUCUUGUGAGAAUACGAGAUAGUUACCAGGCAGUCAUUAAAGAUCAGGAUCAUUCUGCUUUAGAUAGAUCUUUGGAGUUUGUAAGCUGGUUUUACAAAUUGAGUAUUGAUAACCUAACUAUUGGUACUUGUUUCCAAAGAAGGAAGACUUGCUUAGAUUUCAUACAAACGACAUUGGAAAUAUUCUUCCCAACAAAGAUAGAACUCCCUCUUAUCACACAGGAAGCAAGAAAAAGAGGAUUGUGGGAUAUGUACUCCCAUGAUUCCUUGCUAUCAGUAUUACACUGUAUAUUGGAUGGAGCAGAUGAGAUACAAAAUCUGGCUGCUAAAUUAUUAUUAGAAUAUUAUCCAUGGCCAGUGACAUCAUUAGAUGCAUGUGAAGGAAAUGUUGACCUUGCAGAGAGUCUACUGUUGUCUGCUUUUGAAUUGUGUGACAGGCCAAAGCAACAUGAGAAUCGUAGUGGAGUGCUGCUUUGUCAACUUGUAUUUGUUAAAUUUAUAUAUGAGAUGCAUUGGUUGUUUUCGUGGUGUUAUGAAAGUGGUGAAUAUACGGUCCUAUCAAUAGAGAAGGGAGAUAACUCUAGCUGUGAUAAAUUCCUGUUUUCAUUGUUUGAUCAUAUAAACCAGGAAAUUGAGGAGUCUCAGUCCAACCUGGUAAAGGCAUCAAUAUCAUCUCCUCUGCAUGGAUUUGUUAGUGCCUUGACAACCUGUAUAACAGAAUUAUCUAAGAGACAAGCCUGUAGUGAAAAGACUGAAGAGAUUGUAGAAAGUUUCAUUGGUCUGAACUGUGAUAUUGUGACCUCCAUGAUGGAUGUCAUGGCAACUGAAUCAUCUCAAGAUUCCUGUCCCUCCUUUGCUGAGUUAGGUCAGGCCAUGGAAACUUUAAUUACAACAACAGAAACGGAUUACUCAGAAACAACAACAAUAUCAUUAGAACACCAGUAUUUGUUAUCUUGGUGCUGGAUAAAUAUUAAAGAAUGUUGCUACAGUCUUGGCUGUCUAUGUGAACUUUUGUUAAAACAGAAGGAACAGACAGAUAGACUUUCCAUCAUACUGAGAAUAAGGGAUGUAUUUAUCCAGGUUUUAACAAAGUGUAGACAUAGGGGAGUCACUGAAGGCUGCAGGUCAUCUUUUGUACAGUUUAUCGGCCAUCUUUUCACAUCAGACAAUGCAGAUAUAAACUGUAUACCAAGGCAGAUACUAAGUCAGGCCUUCCAUACUUUAAAUACCUGUACUUCGAGCUCUGUAACAAGAAGAUCAGCAGGAUUACCCAUCAUCAUACAGGCUGUUGUUACAGUGGAGAAAAAACACAAACAGAAUUGUUUACUUCAAGCCUCCAUAGAAAAUUUAUUCAGAUUGUCAAGUGAACCUCUUCCUCUGCACUACAAUGACCAGCAUGAUCUCCCUCAAGUACAUGGUCUCUUCAUUCUGAAUGCAUUAUUUAAAGAUUCCAGUCUGAGUGCACCACUCAUGCCAUAUACAAGUAGAGCUGUGGUGUUGGUCAUCCAAAGUUUUGAAUCACCAGCUUGGUCGAUCAGAAAUGCUGCAACAAUGUUGUUCAGUUCCCUUGGUAUGAGAAUAUUUGGACAGAAGAAAAACACAAUGGAAGAAGUCUGGAGGGGGAUAACUCUGUUGGAAUUUGCGGCUUUGUACCCAGAGUUACCUCCAAUGAUGAAUGAGUGUGUAGACAGAGCAUUAGAGGAGGAUAUGAAUAAGAUAGACAGUAUUAAAACAUCCUUGUUCCCUGUUCUUACAUUACUGUCUUACCUUGGACCAUCAGAUCAGCUCAAUGAUGAAACAUACAUAACUUUGGGACAUAACAUAUAUAAAUUUUUAUCAAGUCCUGUGUUAUAUCUGAGAAAUUUAGCAGCCAGUGCCUAUGUAGCCUUUGUUCCACAUCAAUCACUGACUGAGACAAUACAAUCUAUUGGUCAGCAGAUAUCUACUGCUAAAUGUAACCAGUUACAUGGUCUACUAUGCUGUUUACAGAAUCUGGCCAUACAGGAUAUAGGGAAACAACAUUUAUCUUCCAUCAAACAGCAGCUUUUGGAGAAUAUUUUUGUCAUCACAUCUCCUUGUGGA